AUGCCGCAUGAUGGCGCGAGCAGCGGCACCGCGGCGCUACCGAUGGUGGUCAACGGAGAUGCGGCCGGACUCGAGCAGAGCCGCCACCACGCCCUCGCCAACCUCAGUGACAAGCCACCAACCGCGCCGCGCAACAACGACGAAACCGCUGCGACUCAAGUACGGACGGGAGAAGACAUCUACGAAGAGAAGAUCAGACAUUUCGUGGUCAAAGUAACGAAAACGAACAACUAUGCGGAGGUCACCGAAGACCAGAAUAAGUGGGCCCGCGAAGUUUUCGCGAUGGCGAUUGCCGUUGGGCCGCCGAGGGCUACGGGCGAUAACGCGGCGUAUGCCACGAAGGGCGACCUCGAGGAGGUUAAACAAAUGCUCCGGAACAUCACCGGGGGCGGAGGAACACCCGGGGGACUGCAGAAGCAACGGUCCUACGCGGACGUGGCGGGUGGCCACCAGGCCGCUGGAGGCCGCAGCCACUGGCCAGCUGCGGGACCGCCGAUGGUCCAGAAGCACAUCCCGGCGAGGCUCACAAGACAGAUCACGGUCCGCGCCCGGAAUAUCCCCACCGGCCUUGCGAAGCGAACGGCAGAGGAGACCGUACAGGCAAUCAAUAUAGCCGCGGCGCGGAACGGAGCAAGGGCAGCGCAGAGACUACCCAGCGGAGACUUUACGGUCACAUUUGGCGAGGAGGAACGCAAUUGGUAUAUGGAGAACCAGGGCUGGGUUACAAAGGCGUUUGGACCGGAGGCGACGAUCGCCUUCAGCACUAUCCCGAUCAUUGUGCGGGGGAUACCGUGGGAGAGUAUCGACGGAGUCGAUGCGGAGACGCUGGGGAGACAGCUGUCCGCAGCGAACGCUGGAAUGAAGAUUAUACGAGCUAGACCGCACAAGAGGAGGCAAGCCGAAAAGACUCGAUUUGGAAGGCUACUACUAGAGGUUUUCUCGCCGGAACAGGCAGAGCGCCUUACGAAUGGCCCACUCUUCUGGAAGGGGGGGGCGUACUACUGCGAGCCCUACGAGCCCGCAGCGAACACGCUGCAGUGCUUCGCUUGCUACCAGUUCGGCCACUUCGCAGCGACCUGCAAGAACCGGAAGAUCUGUGGAAGGUGCGGAAACGACAGACACGAAGGCCCAAGGUUUGGUGAAGAGGUAUGCCCAGCGAACGCGAACCCGAGGCUUGUCCGCUGCGGUCCCUGCGGAGCCCAGGGGGGAGGCCACUUCGCCUUCUCUAGGGACUGCCCAAGAGUUCAGGGGCAACAGGAGAGAGCAUCGAGGGCCUUCUACGAGAGGCCCCGGUCCUUCGCGCCCCCACCGAAGCACAGGAACACACCACCCCAGGGGGUAGGGGCCGAGGAAGCCCCCCCUCUAGUCACCACAGCGGACACACAGCUACAACCCACGGAACUUACAGAGGCCGACCACGAGAGUGCCCAGGGGGGUUUCGAAGAGGUACAGCCAAGAAGAAGCAACCGGAAGCGGAGGGGUACCGCUACGGGAAUACUGGGGCGCCCGGUUGGGCGCCCCCCCAAGCGGGGAAAGCAGCGUACGGGCCUCUCCGUGGUAGCAAUGCUCAACCGGACCCGGCGGGUCCACGGCUCCCCCGCAGCUAGCAGUGGCGGAGGUACUCCCGAAACGUGGGCCGCGAGAACUGACCCCCCCGCGGAAUGCGGCGCCGAAGAGGCACUGACAGUCUGGUCGGUAUACUCCCCAGGCCAGGGGCCAGGGGAACCAUACGAACAAUGGAAGACACCACUCAAAGAGCUUGCAGAGAGACAGCCGCGGGGCCGUAAUGUGGUUGUAGGGGAUAUGAAUCUCCACCACCCGAUGUGGGAUGCAGAAGGCAGAACAAGCCGGGGCGUGGGCCUGCUCCACGGCCUCGCAGAGGUCUGGGGGCUCGACCUUAUAACACCAUGGGGCGACGUUACCCGCUACGGCGGUGUACCACGGACCGGGGGACCCGUGCUUAGGGGGGUCAGACCAUGUCCCACAACGAAUCUCGGUCUACGACGAGAGGCAGGGCAGAAAAGAGAGCGUAGCGAAGUCCUAGAGGGCUGGAGCUGGGGCUUAAUGAACGAGGAGCAAGUCGAAGAGCUAGCGAAAGCUAGGAUCACUGUCCCCGAACGAAUCGAACACCCGGAGCAAGUGGAACCCUCCUUCAACAAACUACUAGAGGAGCUAAUUGGAAUCGCGAACGAGGCGGUCCCACAGAGAAAGCGUAGUAGCGGAAGGCAGGCCAUCUGGUGGAACAUUAAAGUCAAGAACGCGACGAGGAGAACGCGAAAAGCCUUCCGAGACUGGAGAGCUGUGAGGACGCCGUGGCGCCGCGAAGAACUCGAAGAGGCGAGGAGAGCACAGAGAGCUAUCAUCAGAAGGUCGCAGACGAAGUGCUGGAGGCAGGGUAUCCACGAAGCAUCGGCCGACCCCCAGAAACUGUGGGCUAUAGAGAGGUGGGCGAGGCUCCGAAGCCAUAUCGCGGCGGCACCACCAAAGAUCCCUUCCCUAACCAAGGAGGAUGGAGGCACAGCAGAGACGCAUGGGGAGAAGUCUAAUAUCCUCGCAGGCCGGUUCUUCCCUACCGUUAUACCAGGAGUCGACCCGGGGCCGCGGGGAUAUAGCCACGGGCCCGAUAAGGAGUACGAGUUCCUCCACCAGGAAGUGACCAACGAGGAUAUUAGAAAGACCCUUGCAAGAACAGCAAACAACAAGGCACCUGGGGAGGAUGGACUUUCCAACGGGUUCCUAAAGGCCUGCGGCGAGCCCCUGUACAACGCAAUGGCGGUCCUUACAAGAGGGAGCCUCGCGCACGGAGUGUUCCCGCGGCGAUUUCGCAGCGGAAGAGUAGUGGUACUUAGGAAGCCCGCAGCGUCGGGAAAAGUCGUCGAAAAUGGUAAUCGCAGAACGCCUCUCCCGGGAAGCGGAGAAGCAGGGAUGGCUGCCCGAGGGGACAGAUGGGGAACCGCAGCGGCCGCUCCACGGGGCUUCGCGAUCAGGGUGGUCACAGAUGCCGUACACGAGACCUGGCGGCAUAAGGCGAACGCAUCUCUCCUUCAACUAGACCUCAAAGGGGCCUUCGAUAGGGUACACCAUGGAUGGCUUACAAGGACCCUUAGAGAGCUGGGGGUCCCGCUGUGGACCCUUAGAUGGGUCGAUUCGUUCACCGAUGGGAGGUCGGCAAAACUCUGGUUCGAUGGGACGAUGUCCGAAAGGUACGAGGUGGCCGCAGGGGUCCCGCAGGGGUCCCCCCUCUCCCCAAUCCUCUUCCUUCUAUUUAUCUCAACACUCUACAAGAGGCUCGAGGCAGUAAGGGGGGCAAUCGUGGUAGGGUUCGCAGACGACACCAAUAUCCUAGCCGUAGCGGAGACGACGGAGGGUACCUGCGGCAUCCUAGCGGAGGCCUGGGGACACUGUGCGGGCUGGGCAGCAGAGAGAGGUAUGGAAUUCGAGCCAGCGAAGAGCGAACUAAUCCACUUUUCGAGAGCAAGGGCCCCGAUCGAGAAGACCCUAACGAUCGAGGGGGUAGAGCUAAAACCAGUUGAGGAUGCUAGAUUCCUUGGGGUUUGGCUCGAUAGGAAGCUGAGGUACCGCGCACACCUCGCGGCGGUGAGGAAGAAGAUGAAGACCCAGAUCUGUGCCCUAACAAGGCUCGCCGCAAAGACGUGGGGGUGUACCUUCGCGAGGGCGAGGGAGAUCUACUCGAAAGUGAUCCGCAGUGCGAUCGCGUAUGGAGCCCCAGCCUUCCACACCCCUACAGAGGUAGGGGGCCCCCCCCGCGGGGUUGCAAAGGAACUCGCAAAGAUCCAAUCGGAGUGCCUUAGGGUUGUCGCUGGGGCCUACAACGCUACCCCAAUACGGAGCUUGGAGACAGAAACCUAUUGCCCACCCAUCGACCUGUACCUCAACAAGAGGCUCCUUGCCUUCGAGGAUCGGGUUAGGAUAUCAGAGGAGGCGAGGCUAAUCCGCCAGACCCCUGUCACAAUCGCUGCGAUCCUGCGGCGGAGGCGCAGAAGGAGGAGAGGAAGACCUCGGCGGGAGGUAGCCGAUAUAGCAACGGCACCAGCGGAAAAGGGCUCAGGCGAAUGGAAGAAGAGGUGGGCACAGGAAUGGGCCCCCCUCGAGUCGAGGCCGGAAAAGGAGGAGCUAGAGCCAGGGUCGACCGGCCCAGUACCAAACCACAAGAAACAGCUCGAGAGGUGGAUGGAGGCGGCAAUGAGAAGGGAGUGGAUUGGAAGAUGGGAGAGUGAGGUAGCUAGGGUGGUCGCUAGGAACCCGGGGCGGGCCCUCGAACCGGCCGAUGCGACCGCGCGGUUCGACGCCUCUGUUAUGAACCGACACCGGUCGAGGGAUCCAGCCUGGGAGCUAUCGAACGCGAGGAGUACCCUCCUAGUGCAAGCGAGGACCGGGAAGAUUGGGCUUCGAGGGUUCCUCUUUACUAGGAGGGUCCCCGAGGUGGUAACGCCGGUAUGCCGCUGCGGUAUGGCGCGCGAGACAUUUGAACACCUCGUACUCGAAUGCAACGGAGCCGCAGAUAAACCUCAGCCCUGGCCAGACGACGGCGCAGAGCUACUGGAGUGGCUAGAUGACAUGGAGAAGGCUGCCACAAUGGUGGGUUGGGGUACUUGGGCUGGGGAGGCUGAACGAGUUCCGGCUGGCGGUAGAGCUGGAAAUUGA